AUGUCGUACUCCCCUCUGGAAGUGACUGAACUUCUCAACAAAGCUCUUCUUCAAGUUCUAUCAAACCCACCCCCAUCUUCCGCCUUCCCAAUUUCUGCAACAAUCUUCCACUCAAACUACAUUCUUCCUUCUCGUCCCGCUUUUCCAGCCCUCGUCCUCUCUCCUGCAGGCUCUUACGGCGACGAGAACGGCAACGCGCCGCACUGUGAUACUGAAAUCACGAUCAAGACAUCCAGCCACAAAUCGCUGACUACCUUCUUGAAGGCCGCCGAGAAAAGCUGUUUGCUCACUCUGAAGCUACCGCACAAGCAGCAGCCUGAUCUGCUCAUAACUGCCAUCAACGCUCUUCACUCUAGCGUCCUGUCACAUUCGACUUUCGAAACCGUCAAGGACGUCGAGACAAGAACUGCAAAGAAAGCUGCCAAGGAAGAGAGGGAAAACCAGGGUGGCAUCAAGAGGGUGGAGGUCCGAGAACUCUAUAAACCUCGUCAGACGAGCGUCAUGCUCUUUGAGGGUAUCGGCGCCAAGACGAACGAUCUGUACUCGAUCCCAAAAAUACAAGAGGUGCUCAAGACGUACAUCACCAAGAAGAGUUUAAUAAACCAGGAUGACCGUGCAUAUAUCAACCUCGAUCACCUGUUGUGCGCCUGGCUUGCGCCGAGAGCACCUCGAGGCAAGGGGAAGAACAAAGGCGCCUCAGAGCCCGAACCUCCAGCUCGGUUGAUGCGCCGCGAUGAGUUGACGAAAGCGGUUCUCAAGAAGAUGGAGCUGUGGCACGAGAUUACAGUCGAUGGACAAGAGCCUGUGUUGACGCAGGGAAGCUUGAGCGCCAUUCGAGUGGUAACGGUGUUUCGACGCUACAAGAAGCCAGUCACUCUGAUAACAGGUUUCGAGCCCUUCAUCAUCAUCAACACGGAUGAAAUGGCCGAGGAUAUGAAGAAGAUUUGUGCCAGCGCCUCCUGGGUCUCGCCAGCUCCAGGCAAGCACGCAGGGUCCUCCAUGGAAGUCCUCGUCCAGGGAAGGCACUCCAAGGCUGUUGUCGAUUACCUGAUGUCGAAGGGCAUCCCGAAGAAAUGGAUCGCAGUCUCUGGCCUACCCGGGAAGAAAUGA